AUGGCCGAAGCGGACGGGGAGGACGAUGUCCAGUUCCUGCGCACGGAGGACGAGGUGGUGCUGCAGUGCACCAGCGCCCUGCCCGCGGAGCAGCUCAAGCUGUGCCUGGCGGCCGAGGGCUUCGGGAACCGCCUCUGCUUCCUCGAGCCCACCUCCAACGCCCAGAACGUGCCCCCCGACCUGGCCGUCUGCUGCUUCGUGCUGGAGCAGUCGCUGUCGGUGCGGGCGCUGCAGGAGAUGCUGGCCAACAGCGCCGAGACGGGCGCCGAGUCCUCGCAGGGCGGCGGGCACCGGACGCUGCUCUACGGCCACGCCAUCCUGCUGCGGCACUCGCACAGCGGCAUGUACCUGAGCUGCCUGACCACGUCGCGCUCCGUCACCGACAAGCUGGCCUUCGACGUGGGGCUGCAGGAGGACGCCGCGGGCGAGGCGUGCUGGUGGACCAUGCACCCCGCGUCCAAGCAGCGCUCGGAGGGCGAGAAGGUGCGCGUGGGCGACGACCUCAUCCUGGUCAGCGUCUCCUCCGAGCGCUACCUGCACCUCUCGACGGCCAGCGGGGAGCUGCAGGCGGACGCCUCCUUCAUGCAGACGCUGUGGAACAUGAACCCCAUCUGCUCGGGCUCCGAGGAAGGCUACGUGACGGGCGGCCACGUCCUGCGCCUCUUCCACGGCCACAUGGACGAGUGCCUCAGCCCCUCCGCGCCGGAGCCGGGCGGCGAGCUCAGCAGCGUGGUUAAUUACGAGGGGGGGGCCGUCUGCACCCACGCGCGCUCCCUGUGGCGCCUGGAGCCGCUGCGCAUCAGCUGGAGCGGCAGCCACCUGCGCUGGGGCCAGCCGUUCCGCGUGCGCCACGUCACCACGGGGCGCUACCUGGCGCUGACGGAGGAGCGCGGCCUGGCCGUGGUGGAGGCGGCCGCCGCCAGCACCCGCGCCUCCGCCUUCUGCUUCCGCGCCUCCAAGGAGAAGCUGGAGGCGGGGGCCAAGCGGGACGUGGAGGGCAUGGGCCCCCCCGAGAUCAAGUACGGGGAGUCGCUGUGCUUCGUGCAGCACGCGGCCUCGGGGCUCUGGCUCACCUACGCCGCCGCCGACACCAAGGCGCUGCGCCUCGGGCUGCUCAAGAGGAAGGCCAUCCUGCACCAGGAGGGGCACAUGGACGACGCGCUGUCCCUGUCCCGCUCCCAGCGCCAGGAGUCGCAGGCGGCCCGGAUGAUCUACAGCACGGCCGGGCUCUACGGGGUCUUCAUCCGGGGCCUGGACAGCCUGAGCGGGAAGGGCCGGGGGGGGGCCCCGGGGGCGCUGCCGAUCGGGGCGGUGAUCCUGAGCCUGCGGGACCUCAUCGGGUACUUCCAGCACCCCCCGGCCGAGCUGCGGCACGAGGAGCGCCAGAGCCGCCUGCGCGCCCUGCGCAGCCGCCAGAACCUCUUCCAGGAGGAGGGCAUGAUCCGGCUGGUGCUGACGUGCAUCGACCGGCUGAGCGAGUACAGCACGGCCGCGCACUUCGCCGAGCUGGCCGGGGACGAGGCCGCGGCCUCCUGGAAGGAGAUCGUCAACCUGCUCUAUGAGCUGCUGGCCUCGCUGAUCCGGGGGAACCGCUCCAACUGCGCCCUGUUCUCCACCAACCUGGACUGGCUGGUCAGCAAGCUGGACCGCCUCGAGGCCUCCUCGGGCAUCCUGGAGGUGCUGUACUGCGUGCUGAUCGAGAGCCCCGAGGUGCUCAACAUCAUCCAGGAGAACCACAUCAAGUCCAUCAUCUCCCUGCUCGACAAGCACGGCCGCAACCACAAGGUGCUGGACGUGCUGUGCUCGCUGUGCGUGUGCAACGCGGUGGCCGUGCGCUCCAACCAGAACCUCAUCACCGAGAACCUGCUGCCCCGGCGUGACCUGCUGCUGCAGACCGGGCUGGUCAACUACGUCACCAGCGUGCGCCCCAACAUCUUCCUGGGCACGCACGAGGGCUCGACGCAGUACCCGCGCUGGUACUUCGAGGUGCUGGUGGAGCACGUGCAGCCCUUCGCCACGGCCCAGGCCACCCACCUGCGCGUCGGCUGGGCCAUGGCCGAGGGCUACAGCCCCUACCCGGGGGGCGGCGAGGGCUGGGGGGGCAACGGCGCCGGCGACGACCUCUACUCCUUCGCCUUCGACGGCCUCCACCUCUGGGCAGGCGGGGUGGCGCGCGCGGUGGCGUCCCCGCAGCAGCACGCGCUGGCGGCGGGGGACGUGGUGAGCUGCUGCCUGGACCUGGGGGUGCCCAGCAUCUCCUUCCGCCUCAACGGCUGCCCCGUGCAGGGCAUGUUCGAGAACUUCAACCUCGACGCCCUCUUCUUCCCCGUCGUCAGCUUCUCCGCCGGCGUCAAGCUGCGGUUCCUGCUGGGGGGCCGCCACGGGGACUUCCAGUUCCUGCCCCCCCCCGGGUACUCGCCCUGCGCCGAGGCGCUGCUGCCCCGCGAGCGCCUGCGCCUGGAGCCCAUCAAGGCCUACGGGGGGCAGGGGCCCGGCGCCCGCUGCCUGCUGGGGCCCACCCAGGCCCCCCACACCGCCUUCACCCCCUGCCCCGUCGACACCAUGCAGAUCGUGCUGCCCCCCCACCUGGAGCGCAUCCGCGAGAAGCUGGCCGAGAACAUCCACGAGCUGUGGGCCCUGACCCGCAUCGAGCAGGGCUGGACCUACGGCCCCGUCCGCGACGACAACCAGCGCCUGCACCCCUGCCUGCUCGACUUCCACAGCCUGCCCGAGCCUGAGCGCAACUACAACCUGCAGAUGUCUGGGGAGACCCUCAAGACGCUGCUGGCGCUGGGCUGCCACGUGGGCAUGGCGGACGAGAAGGCGGAGGAGAACCUCAGGAAGAUCAAGCUGCCCAAGACGUACGUGAUGUCCAACGGGUACAAGCCGGCGCCGCUGGACCUGGCGCACGUGCGGCUGACGCCGGCGCAGCUGACGCUCGUCGACCGCCUGGCCGAGAACGCGCACAACGUGUGGGCGCGCGACCGCGUGCAGCAGGGCUGGACCUACAGCAUCGUGCAGGACAUCAAGAACAAGCGCAACCCGCGCCUGGUGCCCUACAACCUGCUGGACGAGCGCACCAAGAAGACGAACCGGGACAGCCUCUGCGAGGCCGUGCGCACCCUCAUCGGCUACGGCUACAACAUCGAGCCCCCCGACCAGGAGAGCCCCGCCCAGGGGGUGCCGCGGGGGCGCCCCGACAAGAUGCGCAUCUUCCGGGCCGAGCGGAGCUACGCGGUGCGCAGCGGCAAGUGGUACUUCGAGUUCGAGGCCGUCACCACCGGGGAGAUGCGUGUGGGCUGGGCGCGGCCCCACGUGCGCCCCGACAUCGAGCUGGGCGCCGACGAGCUCGCCUACGUCUUCAACGGGCACCGAGCGCAGCGCUGGCACGUGGGCAGCGAGCCCUUCGGGCGGACGUGGCAGGCGGGCGACGUGGUGGGCUGCAUGAUCGACCUGGCCGAGAGCCACAUCACCUUCACGCUCAACGGCGAGGUGCUCAUCAGCGACGCCGGCUCCGAGCUGGCCUUCAAGGACUUCGAAGUGGGCGACGGCUUCGUGCCGGUGUGCAGCCUGGGGCUGGAGCAGGUGGGGCGGCUGAACCUGGGCCAGGACGUGGGCAGCCUGCGCUUCUUCACCAUCUGCGGGCUGCAGGAGGGCUUCGAGCCCUUCGCCAUCAACACCAAGCGCCCGCUCACCCUCUGGUUCAGCAAGAGCCUGCCCCAGUUCGCCCCCGUGCCCCCCGACCACCCCCAGCUCGAGGUGACGCGGAUGGACGGGACGGUGGACGCGCCGCCCUGCCUGCGCCUGUCCCGCCGCGCCCCCGGCCCCCCGGCUGCCCCCCCCGAGCUGCUGUUCCUGCGCCUCAGCCUCCCGGUGCAGUUCCACCCCCGCUUCCGCUGCCCCCCCGGCACCACCCCGCUGCCCCAGGCCCCCCCCGAGCCCCCCGACGACGCUGGCCUCGAGCCCCUCUCCGAAUUCGAGCGCCUCCGCCGCUCGGCCGGCGCCCGGCCCCCCGAGAGCGAAGGGGAGGGCGAGAAGCCCCCCGGGGGGGGCCCCGCAGCCCCGGCCCCCCGCGAGCAGCCCCGCGGGGAGAACGAGAAGGAUGCGACCACCGAGAAGGGCAAGACCCGGAGGGGGUUUCUGUUCAAGGCCAGGAAGACGCCGUUCGCACCCCCCCCGGCGGUGCCCACCGUCCCCCGCCUGGAGGAGGACGUGGUCCCCGACGAGCGUGACGACCCCGAGGUCAUCAUGAACACCACCACGUACUACUACUCGGUGCGGAUCUUCGCGGGGCAGGAGCCCUCGUGCGUCUGGGUGGGCUGGGUGACCCCCGACUACCACCAGCACGACGCCGCCUUCGACCUCUCGCGCGUGCGCACCGUCACCGUCACCAUGGGCGAUGACAAGGGCAACGUGCACGACAGCAUCAAGCGCAGCAACUGCUACAUGGUGUGGGGGGGCGAGUUCGCCAGCAGCACCCCCCAGGCGCGCGUCAGCCACAGCGACCUGGUCAUCGGCUGCCUGCUCGACCUGGCCACCGGGCUCAUGACCUUCACGGCCAACGGCAAGGAGAUCAACACCUUCUUCCAGGUGGAGCCCAACACCAAGCUCUUCCCCGCCGUCUUCGCCCUCCCCACCAGCCAGAACGUCGUCCAGUUCGAGCUGGGCAAGCUCAAGAACAUCAUGCCCAUCUCGGCCGCCAUGUUCAGCAGCGAGCGCAGGAACGCGGAGCCGCAGUGCCCCCCCCGGCUGGCCAUCCAGCUGCUGGCCCCCGUCACCUGGAGCCGCAUGCCCAACGAGGCGCUGGCCGUCGACACCGCGCGCAUCAGCGAGCGCCACGGCUGGGCCGUGCAGUGCUCCGAGCCCCUCGUCAUGAUGGCCCUGCACAUCCCCGAGGAGAACAGGUGCAUCGACAUCAUGGAGCUGUCGGAGCGCCUGGACCUGCUGCGCUUCCAGUGGCACACGCUGAAGCUGUACUGCGCCGUGUGCGCCCUGGGCAACAACCGCGUGGCGCACGCGCUCUGCAGCCACGUGGACCAGGCCCAGCUCCUCUUCGCCAUCGAGAGCCCCGAGCUGCCGGGGCCGCUGCGCGCCGGCUACUACGACCUGCUGCUGGCCAUGCACCUCGACGCCGCGCAGCGCGCCCGCGCCUCCAUGAGCGCCGAGUUCAUCAUCCCCAUGACCGAGGCCACCAAGAGCAUCACGCUCUUCCCCGACGGCAGCCGCGUGCCCGGCCCCCCCGGCGUGGGGCCCAGCGCCUGCCUGCGCCCCCAGCCCCAUUUCGCCGAGCCGUGCUUCGUGCUGGCGGCGGGCGGCGGGCGGGCGCUGCUCAGCCCCGGGGUGCCGCUGGGCGCGCUGGGCGCUCGGGCCAUCCGCAUGCUGGCCGAGGCGGUGGCCGGGGGGGGUCCCCACGCCCGGGACCCCGUGGGCGGCAGCGUGGAGUUCCAGCUGGUGCCGGUGCUGAAGCUGGUGUCGGCGCUGCUGGCCGUGGGCGCGCUGGGGGACGCCGACGUGCGCCGCGUCCUGCGCAUGAUCGAGCCCCGCGUCUUCGGGGAGCCCCGGCGGGAGGCGGCGGCCGGCGAGGAGGAGGAGGAGGAGAGGGAGGAGGAGGAGGAGGAGGAAGCACGGAAGAAGGCUAUUGAGGCCGGCGAGCUGGAGGAGGAGGAGGAGGACGAGGGGCUGGAGGAAGGGCUGCUGCAGAUGAAGCUGCCCGAGUCGGUCAAGCUGCAGAUGUGCAACCUGCUGCAGUACUUCUGCGACCGGGAGCUGCAGCACCGCGUCGAAGCCAUCGUGGCCUUCUCGGAGCGGCACGUGGAGCGGCUGCAGCGCGACCAGCACCGCCGCUACGGGCAGCUGAUGCGGGCGCUCACCAUGUCGGCCGCCGAGACCGCCCGGCGCACCCGCGAGUUCCGCUCGCCCCCCCAGGAGCAGAUCAACAUGCUGCUGCAGUACAAGGCGGGGGCAGACGAGGAGGAGUGCCCCGUGCCCGAGGACAUCCGUGACGAACUGCUCGACUUCCACAACGACCUGCUGGCGCACUGCGGCAUCGAGCUGGCGGGCGAGGAGGAGGAGGAGGCGGAGGAGACGUCGCUGCACCACCGGCUGCUGGGGCUGGUGCAGAAGGUGGUGGGGCUGCGCAAGAAGGCGCCCGAGGAGGAGGCGCCCCCCGAGGAGCCCCCGGUGCCCAGCACGCUGCAGGAGCUGAUCUCGCAGACGAUGGUGCACUGGGCGCAGGAGUCGUUCAUCCAGAGCCCCGAGCUGGUGCGCGCCAUGUUCAGCCUCCUGCACCGGCAGUACGACGGGCUGGGCGAGCUGGUGCGCGCGCUGCCCAAGGCCUACACCAUCAGCGCCCACUCGGUCGCCGACACCACCGAGCUGCUCGAGUGCCUGGGCCAGAUCCGCUCCCUGCUCAUCGUGCAGAUGGGCCCCGAGGAGGAGAACCUGAUGAUACAGAGCAUCGGGAACAUCAUGAACAACAAGGUCUUCUACCAGCACCCCAACCUGAUGCGGGCGCUGGGCAUGCACGAGACCGUCAUGCAGGUGAUGGUCAGCGUGCUGGGCGGUGGUGAGUCCAAGGAGAUCCGCUUCCCCAAGAUGGUGACCAACUGCUGCCGCUUCCUCUGCUACUUCUGCCGCAUCAGCCGCCAGAACCAGCGCUCCAUGUUCGACCACCUCGGCUACCUGCUGGAGAACAGCAGCAUCGGCCUGGGCAUGCGGGGCUCGACCCCCCUGGACGUGGCGGCCGCCUCCGUCAUCGACAACAACGAGCUGGCGCUGGCGCUGAAGGAGCAGGACCUGGAGAAGGUGGUGACGUACCUGGCGAGCUGCGGGCUGCAGAGCUGCCCCAUGCUGCUCUCCAAGGGGUACCCCGACAUCGGCUGGAACCCCUGCGGCGGCGAGCGCUACCUCGACUUCCUGCGCUUCGCCGUCUUCGUCAACGGCGAGAGCGUGGAGGAGAACGCCAACGUGGUGGUGCGCCUGCUCAUCCGGCGCCCCGAGUGCUUCGGGCCGGCGCUGCGGGGCGAGGGCGGCAGCGGGCUGCUGGCCGCCAUCGAGGACGCCAUCAAGAUCUCCGAGGACCCGGCCCGCGACGGCCCCACCAUCAAGAAGGACCGGCGGCGAGAGCUGUUCGGGGCCGAGGAGCCGCACGAGGAGAACCGGGUGCACCUGGGCAACGCCAUCAUGUCCUUCUACGCCGCCCUCAUCGACCUGCUGGGCCGCUGCGCCCCCGAGAUGCACCUGAUCCAGGCGGGCAAGGGCGAGGCGCUGCGCAUCCGCGCCAUCCUGCGCUCCCUGGUGCCGCUCGACGACCUCGUGGGCAUCAUCAGCCUCCCGCUGCAGAUCCCCGCGUUCGGCAAAGACGGGAACCUGGUGGAGCCGCGGAUGUCGGCCAGCUUCGUGCCGGACCACAAGGCGCCCAUGGUGCUGUUCCUGGACCGCGUCUACGGCAUCGAGACGCAGGAGUUCCUGCUGCGCCUGCUCGAGGUCGGCUUCCUGCCCGACAUGCGCGCGGCCGCCUCGCUCGACACGGCCGCCUUCAGCACGACGGAGAUGGCGCUGGCGCUGAACCGCUACCUGUGCUUGGCGGUGCUGCCGCUCAUCACCAAGUGCGCGCCGCUCUUCGCGGGCACCGAGCACCGCGCCAUCAUGGUGGACUCCAUGCUGCACACCAUCUACCGCCUCUCCCGCGGCCGCUCGCUCACCAAGGCGCAGCGGGACGUCAUCGAGGAGUGCCUGAUGGCGCUGUGCCGGUACAUCCGUCCGUCCAUGCUGCAGCACCUCCUGCGCCGCCUCGUCUUCGACGUGCCCAUCCUCAACGAGUUCGCCAAGAUGCCGCUCAAGCUGCUGACCAACCACUACGAGCGGUGCUGGAAGUACUACUGCCUGCCCAGCGGCUGGCCCAACUACGGGGUCAGCUCCGAGGAGGAGCUGCACCUCACCCGCAAGCUCUUCUGGGGCAUCUUCGAGUCCCUGGCGCACAAGCGCUUCGACGCCGAGCUGUACAAGCUGGCCAUGCCGUGCCUCUGCGCCAUCGCCGGCGCGCUGCCCCCCGACUACGUGGACGCCAGCUACUCCUCCAAGACCGAGAAGAAGGCCUCGGUGGACGCCGAGGGCAACUUCGACCCCAAACCCGUCGAGACCCUCAACGUCAUCAUCCCUGAGAAGCUGGACGGCUUCAUCAACAAGUACGCCGAGUACACGCACGAGAAGUGGGCUUUCGACAAGAUCCAGAACAACUGGACCUACGGGGAGACGGUGGACGAGGAGGCCAAGACGCACCCCAUGCUGCGCCCCUACAAGACUUUCUCUGAGAAGGACAAGGAGAUUUACCGGUGGCCCAUCAAGGAGUCCCUCAAGGCGAUGCUGGCCUGGGAGUGGCUGCUGGAGAAGGCGCGCGAGGGCGACGAGGACAGGGCCGAGCGCAAGAAGCCGCGCAGGAUCUCCCAGUCCGCCCAGGCCACCUACGACCCCAGCCACGGGUACAGCCCCCAGCCCGUCGACCUCUCGGGGGUGACGCUGUCGCGGGAGCUGCAGGCCAUGGCGGAGCAGCUGGCUGAGAACUACCACAACACCUGGGGCCGCAAGAAGAAGCAGGAGCUGGAGGCCAAGGGGGGGGGCUCGCACCCCCUGCUCGUGCCCUACGACACGCUGACGGCCAAGGAGAAGGCGCGGGACCGCGAGAAGGCGCAGGAGCUGCUCAAGUUCCUGCAGCUCAACGGCUACGCCGUCACCCGGGGGCUGAAGGACAUGGAGCUGGACACGUCGUCCAUCGAGAAGCGCUUCGCCUACGGCUUCCUGCAGCAGCUGCUCAAGUGGAUGGACAUCUCGCAGGAGUUCAUCGCCCACCUGGAGGCGGUGGUGAGCAGCGGCCGGGUGGAGAAGUCCCCCCACGAGCAGGAGAUCAAGUUCUUCGCCAAGAUCCUGCUGCCCCUCAUCAACCAGUACUUCCACAACCACUGCCUCUACUUCCUCUCCACCCCGGCCAAGGUGCUGGGCAGCGGCGGCCACGCGUCCAACAAGGAGAAGGAGAUGAUCACCAGCCUCUUCUGCAAGCUGGCCGCGCUCGUCCGCCACCGCGUCUCCCUCUUCGGCACGGACGCGCCGGCGGUGGUGAACUGCCUGCACAUCCUCGCCCGCUCGCUGGACGCCAGGACGGUGAUGAAGUCGGGCCCCGAGAUCGUCAAGGCCGGGCUGCGCUCCUUCUUCGAGAGCGCCUCGGAGGACAUCGAGAAGAUGGUGGAGAACCUGAAGCUGGGGAAGGUGACGCAGAGCCGCACGCAGGUCAAGGGGGUGGCGCAGAACAUCAACUACACCACCGUGGCCCUGCUGCCCGUCCUCACCUCCCUCUUCGAGCACGUGGCCCAGCACCAGUUCGGGGACGACGUCAUCCUCGACGACGUGCAGGUGUCCUGCUACCGCAUCCUGUGCAGCAUCUACUCGCUGGGCACCACCAGGAACCCCUACGUGGAGAGGCAGCGCCCGGCGCUGGGGGAGUGCCUGGCCCGCCUGGCCGCCGCCAUGCCCGUGGCCUUCCUGGAGCCGCACCUCAACGAGUUCAACCCCUGCUCCGUCUACAGCACCAAGUCCCCCCGCGAGCGGGCCAGUGAGUGGGGCAGGGCCCCCCCAACCCUCUUCUGGGGCACCCCUGAGCCCUCUCCUUUCACCCCCAGGUUUGGGGCCCCCCCCAUCCUGGGGCUGCCCGGCCGCGUGGAGGAGAUGUGCCCGGACAUCCCGGACCUGGAGCGCCUGAUGCGGGACAUCGGGGGGCUGGCGGAGUCGGGGGCGCGCUACACGGAGAUGCCGCACGUCAUCGAGGUGACGCUGCCCAUGCUCUGCAACUACCUGCCCCGCUGGUGGGAGCGCGGCCCCGACACGCGGCCCCGCGGCCCCUGGGCCACCGCCGUCACCGGCCAGCACCUCAACGCCCCUGGGCAACAUCCUGCGCAUCGUGGUCAACAACCUGGGCAUCGACGAGGCCUCCUGGAUGAAGCGCCUGUGUUCGCCCAGCCCAUCGUGAGCAAGGCGAAGCCGGAGCUGCUGCGCUCCCACUUCAUCCCCACCAUGGAGAAGCUGAAGAAGCGUGCGGGCAAGGUGGUGGCCGAGGAGGAGCAGCUGCGCAUGGAGGCCAAGGCCGAGGCCGAGGACUCGGAGCUGCUCAUCCGCGACGAGUUCUCCGUGCUCUGCCGCGACCUCUACGCGCUCUACCCGCUGCUCAUCCGCUACGUGGACAACAGCCGGGCCAAGUGGCUGACGGAGCCCAACUCGGACGCGGAGGAGCUGUUCCGGAUGGUUGGGGAGGUCUUCAUCUACUGGUCCAAGUCACAUAACUUCAAGAGGGAGGAGCAGAACUUCGUGGUGCAGAACGAGAUCAACAACAUGUCCUUCCUGACGGCCGACAGCAAGAGCAAGAUGGCCAAGUCCGGAGACGGCCAGGGGGGCGGCUCGGAGCAGGAGCGGACGAAGAAGAAGCGCCGGGGGGACCGCUACUCCAUCCACACCUCGCUCAUCGUGGCCACCCUGAAGAAGAUGCUGCCCAUUGGCCUCAACAUGUGCUCGCCCACCGACCAGGAGCUCAUCACCCUGGCCAAGGGCCGCUACGCGCUGAAGGACACGGACGAGGAGGUGCGGGAGUUCCUCAACAACAACCUGCACCUGCAGGGCAAGUGCGAGAACUCCUCGUCCAUGCGGUGGCAGAUGGCCCUGUACCGCGAGAUGGCCGGCAAGGCCGAGGACUCCGACAGCCCCGAGAAGAUCGUGCGGAGGGUGCAGGAGGUGUCGGCCGUGCUCUACCACCUCGAGCAGACAGAGCACCCCUACAAGUCCAAGAAGGCCGUGUGGCACAAGCUGCUCUCCAAGCAGCGCCGGCGCGCCGUGGUCGCCUGCUUCCGCAUGACGCCGCUCUACAACCUGCCCAGGCACCGUGCCUGCAACAUGUUCCUGGAGGCCUACAAGCUGUCGUGGCUGGUGACCGAGGAGCACCCCUUCGAGGACCGCAUGAUCGACGACCUGUCGAAAUCGGGGGAGGAAGAGGAGGAGGAGGAGGAGGAGAAGGACGCGAAGCCGGACCCGCUGCACCAGCUCAUCCUGCACUUCAGCCGCACGGCGUUGACGGAGAAGAGCAAGUUGGAGAAGGAUCACUUGUACAUGGCGUACGCUGGCAUCAUGGCCAAGAGCUGCCACAUCGAGGAAGGGAGUGAGGAAGAGGAGAAGAAGGAUGAGAAGGAAGAGGAGGAAGCUGAGGAUUCGUUCGAGGAGAAGGAGAUGGAGAAGCAGAAGCUGCUGUACCAGCAAGCCCGGCUGCACACGCGCGGCGCCGCCGAGAUGGUGCUGCAGAUGAUCAGCGCCUGCAAAGGGGAGCGGGGGGAGAUGGUGUCGUCCACCCUCAAGCUCGGCAUCUCCAUCCUCAACGGGGGCAACGCCGACGUGCAGCAGAAAAUGCUGGACUACCUGAAGGAGAAGCGCGAGGUCGGCUUCUUCCAGAGCGUCCAGGCGCUGAUGCAGACGUGCAGUGUCCUGGACCUGAACGCCUUCGAGCGGCAGAACAAGGCGGAGGGGCUGGGCAUGGUGACGGAGGAGGGGACGAUCAUCAGCCGUGAGAACGGGGAGAAGGUGAUGUCGGACGACGAGUUCACGCAGGACCUCUUCCGCCUGCUGCAGCUGCUCUGCGAGGGGCACAACAAUGACUUCCAGAACUACCUGCGCACCCAGACGGGCAACACGACCACCAUCAACAUCAUCAUCUGCACCGUGGACUACCUGCUGCGCCUGCAGGAGUCCAUCAGCGACUUCUACUGGUACUACUCGGGGAAGGACGUCAUCGACGAGCAGGGGAAGCGAAACUUCUCCAAGGCCAUGGCCGUGGCCAAGCAGGUCUUCAACAGCCUCACCGAGUACAUCCAGGGGCCGUGCACAGGGAACCAGCAGAGCCUGGCCCACAGCCGCCUGUGGGACGCCGUCGUCGGCUUCCUCCACGUCUUCGCCCACAUGAUGAAGAAGCUGGCGCAGGAUUCCAGCCAAAUCGGGCUGCUGAAGGAGCUGCUGGACCUGCAGAAGGACAUGGUGGUGAUGCUGCUGUCCCUGCUGGAAGGGAACGUGGUGAACGGGACGAUCGCCCGGCAGAUGGUGGACAUGCUGGUGGAGUCUUCCAGCAACGUCACCAUGAUCCUCAAGUUCUUCGACAUGUUCCUGAAGCUGCGCGACAUCGUGGCCUCCGACGCCUUCCGCGACUACGUCUCGGACCCGCGCGGCCUCAUCUCCAAGAAGGAUUUCCAGAAGGCCAUGGACAGCCAGAAGCAGUACGAGCCGGCCGAGGUGCAGUUCCUGCUCUCGUGCUCCGAGGCGGACGAGAACGAGAUGAUCGACGUGGAGGCCUUCGCCGGGCGCUUCCAGGAGCCGGCGCGCGACAUCGGCUUCAACGUGGCCGUGCUGCUCACCAACCUGGCGGAGCACGUGCCCCACGACCAGCGGCUGCGCACCUUCCUGGAGCAGGCGGCCAGCAUCCUCGAGUAUUUCCGCCCCUUCCUGGGCCGCAUCGAGAUCAUGGGGGCGGCGCGGCGCAUCGAGCGCCUCUACUUCGAGAUCAGCGCCGCCAACAAGGCGCAGUGGGAGAUGCCGCAGGUGAAGGAGUCCAAGCGGCAGUUCAUCUUCGACGUGGUCAACGAGGGCGGCGAGGCCGAGAAGAUGGAGCUCUUCGUCAGCUUCUGCGAGGACACCAUCUUCGAGAUGCAGAUCGCCUCGCGCCUCUCCGAGGAGGAGCCGGCGCGCGACGGCGAGGAGGGCGAGGACCAGGAGGACGAGGACGAGACCCCCCCCGCUGCCACCGCCUCUGCCGGUGGCCCCCCGCCCCCUGCUGAGCCCACCUCGGCCUUCGGGGAGCUGCUGGUGGGGGCCGGGGGGCUGCGGCGCCUGCUGGGGUCCCCCCACUCGUGGCGGCGGAGGCUGCGGCGGCUGCGCAAGAAGCCCGGCCGCGAGCUGGCCUGGGCGGCGGGGGCGGCCGCGGGCCGGGCGGUGCUGGGGGGGCUGCUGGGGGGCUGGGGGGUGCUGGGGGCUUUGGGGCGCUUGGCUUGGGUCUCCCUUUUCGGGGGGGGGCUGGUGGAAGGCGCCCAGAAGCUGGCGCUGGCCGAGCUGCUGGCCAGCAUGCCCGACCCCACGCAGGACGCCGUGGGGGGCGGCGAGGCCGGGGGGGGCGGCGCGGGGGGGGAUGGCGGCAGGGAGGAGGAGGCCCCCCCGCCCGCCCAGCUCCUGCCGCAGCCCCCCGAGGAAGAGGAGGAGGAGGAGGAAGAGGCGGCGGUGGCGGUGGUGCCGGCGGCUUUUGGGGGGCGCAAGGAGUUCGGGCACUACCGGCUGGCUCCCCCUGACGCCCCCGGGGGGCUGGGUGACAUCGGGGAGCCCCCCUCCGCUGAGCCCCCCACCCCCGAGGGCACCCCCAUCCUCAGGAGGAAGAUCAGGGAGGAUGGGGAGGAGGUGGUGGAGGAAGAGCCGCAGAAGGAGGAGGAGGCAGCGGCCGAGACCGAGAAAGCCGAUACCGAGAAUGGGGAGAAGGCUGCGGCCGAGGGGGCUGAGGGGGAGCCAGAGGCUGCGGCCCCCGAGAGGCGACGGAAAUCGGCCCCCCGGGAGCGCAAGGAGCCGCCGGCCGAGGGGGGGCUCGAGUUCUGGGCCGAGCUAGAGGUGCAGAGGGUCAAGUUCCUGAACUACUUGUCCCGGAAUUUCUACAACCUGCGCUUCCUGGCGCUCUUCCUCGCCUUUGCCAUCAACUUCAUCCUCCUCUUCUACAAGGUGUCGGAGCACCCGCCGGGCGCCGAGGAGGAGCCCGAGGAAGGCUCGGGGCUGGCGGUGGAGGCGGAGGCCGGGGAGGCCGGGGCGGAGGGCAGCGUGGUGUACUACUUCCUGGAGGAGAGCACCGGCUACAUGCAGCCCGCGCUGCAGGGGCUGGCGCUGGCCCACACCUUGGUGGCCUUCCUCUGCAUCAUCGGCUACAACUGCCUCAAGAUCCCGCUGGUGAUCUUCAAGCGGGAGAAGGAGGUGGCGCGGCGCCUCGAGUUCUCGGGGCUCUACAUCACCGAGCAGCCCCCGGACGACGACGUCAAGGGCCAGUGGGACCGGCUGGUGCUCAAUGCCCAGUCCUUCCCUAGCAAUUACUGGGACAAAUUCGUCAAGAGGAAGGUGCUGGAGAAGUACGGGGACAUCUACGGGCGCGAGCGCAUCGCCGAGCUGCUGGGCAUGGAGCGGGCGAGCCUGGAGAUCGGGGCGCAGGGCGAGAGGAAGCCCCCCCCCGACAGCUCCCUGCUCAGCUGGAUCACGUCCAUCGACAUCCGCUACCAGAUCUGGAAGUUCGGGGUCAUCUUCACCGACAACUCCUUCCUGUACCUGACGUGGUACAUGGCCAUGUCCCUGCUGGGCCACUACAACAACUUCUUCUUCGCCUCGCACCUCCUGGACAUCGCCAUGGGGGUGAAGACGCUGCGCACCAUCCUCUCCUCCGUCACCCACAACGGCAAGCAGCUGGCGAUGACGGUGGGGCUGCUGGCCGUGGUGGUGUACCUCUACACCGUGGUGGCCUUCAACUUCUUCCGCAAGUUCUACAACAAGAGCGAGGACGAGGACGAGCCCGACAUGAAGUGCGACGACAUGAUGACG